UAAAGUGAACAUGUGACUUGUUCCAGCCAAUCAGAUGAAAGUCUCCAGUAUAAAAUUCAGUGGUUUGGUUCUCUAAAUACUUACAAACACCUCGACUCAAGGAUCGUGUGUUUUACGAAGAUGUCUCCACUCUGGAUCGUGUUAUUUCUUCAAAUGUUUCCAGCCCACGCUGAGGAUUUUAACCAAACGUCGUUUGUCUGGGUGAAGUCUGGAGGACGUGUGUCUCUGAACUGCACGUUUCAAAAAAAACUCAGUAAAGAACUUAUGGUUUGGUACAAGCAACAAUUUGGUCAGAUGCCUGAGGAAGUGGGGAAAACAACAGCACUGAUAGACACCCAAACUUCACCUGAGUUCAGCUCAAGAUUUAAAGUAGAUGAAAUCGUGAAUGGAAUUUCUUUAACAAUUCUACAAACAAAGAAACCUGAUGAAGGAUUGUAUUUCUGUGGCAUAUAUAGCUGGGGCCAUUUUGAAUUUUCCAAUGGAACAUUUGUAGCUGUGACAGAUGAAAAAGAUGUAAAAGUGAGUGUGUGGCAGCGCGGCGUGUCGGACUCGGUUCCUGCAGGAACCUCAGUGACUCUGCAGUGCUCGGUUCUCUCUGAGAGCAGAGCAGCAGAACUCCAAGUGCUCUGGUUCAGAGCUGCUCCACCACAAUCCCAUCCUCAAAUCAUUUACACUCAUCACAACAGCAGCCAUCAGUGUGAGAUCGACUCUUCUACACACACCUGUGUGUACAACUUCUCCAAGAACAUCCUCAGCCUCACUGAUACUGGAACUUACUACUGCGCUGUGCUCCUGUGUGGGAAGAUCGUCUUCGGGAACGGGACACGAAUACAGAUGGAUGUGAAGACUCUCACUGAGCAACAUUUCAAUGGAUCCGAUGCUGUAGUGAUCUGUCUUGUUGUAGCUUUGACAGUGUCUGUGAUUAUAAAUUCUGCUCAAGCUUUUUCAUCCUGUAAAAAACGACACACAAGUAAG